UGUACUUUUAAAACGUGAAAAUAAGCGUGGAAAUCGUGCCCGUUCCGUGUCCGUUCCGUGCCGAAAAUGGUGCGAAUCGAAAGAUAAGUGAACAAAGCGCACAUCAAACCCGGCAGUAUUCCCAGCGGCGCAUCGGCAGUGAGUGAAAUUGUCCGUCGCAUUUUCUCCGUCUCCGCGCGUUCCGCGGUCGCUUCGCGGAGUAAAUUUUCAGUUCCCGCGACCGUUCGCUGGUGUUUUCUGGUCGGAAAGCGGCUUCGUGCACGGCAUUUCAUCAAGAUGGCCGAGGAUAACGUGAAAUCGCUCAGCGAAAUCACCGGCUUGAAGGAGGAGCAAGCCACCAACUUGCUGGCGGCGUACAACGGAAACCUGGAGGGGGCCAUAAACGCGUUCUUCGAAAACCCCGAGGGCAUCCUGAACCCGGAGCCGGCGGUCGUCAUCGACGACGAUAGCAGCAGCUCCGGACCGUCGGGAGCAGUUGCGGGAUCCGGUUCUGCGGCAUUCCUGCACGACGACGACAAUGUUCGGGCACCGAUACCGAGGAAGACGGAGAUUUUGCUGCCACAGAUCGAAACGAACCGGGCACGGAUCGGCAAGCGGAGAGCGGUCAUCACGGAGGUGCCGUUCCGCAACUUUGAACUCGAAGGCCGCAUUCAGGAGCAGAUGCUGCUCGAAGGCGAAGGCCCGUCGGCAAAAAAGAUCACACGACUCGAGGCCCUCUUUAUGCCUCCGUUCGAAAUACUCUUCUCCGGCGGGUUCGAUCUCGCACAGCGCCAUGGUCGCUCGCUGGAUCGCUGGCUGCUGGUGAACUUGCAGGAUGAUCUGAAUUUUUGCUGCCAGAUGCUGAACCGGGAUCUGUGGUCCGAUGCGCGACUCAAAGAGUUUAUGCGCCGGAAUCUGGUCUUUUGGCAGCAAUCGAACAAGACGAACGAUGGGGCCAAGUUUAAGACGUUCUACAAGGUCCGCUCGGAACCGUACAUUGCCAUGAUUGACCCGCGGACGGGCGAAGAGGUGCAGAACUUCUCUACCACCGAUCUCACGCCGGCCCGCUUUCUGGAGGCCCUGAAAGAGUUUCUCGUGGAACACAAAUCACCGCAAGGCAAGGAGAUCAACGUCAACAUCGAGCUCAGUGUAGCGGCCGGUCCUUCCACAUCAACGAACGGACCGAAGCUCGGCUUUGGUGGCCCAAGAGCUUCUAGCAGCACGACGAGUGCCAGCAAACAACAAUCCACAGGCAAUGCAAUGCAGCGGAAAGAUGCCGUAAAGACGUCGUGGCCAAUUGCCGAUGAGGAUGAUGAAGAAUUUCAGGAGAUUACGGACAGUGACAGUGAUGAUUGUGAGGAGGUGAUCGUUCCAGCAGCAUCCAAAGCAGUAUCCCACUCGCUUCCCAUCAUUGAUGUGGCACCGGCCCAAAUAUCACAUCCCGCUGCCACCGAACCACCAACAGAAAGAGGAACCGGAAAUGGUACGGAUCAUCUCAACGACACCGAAACUCCCACAGCAAGCGCUCAGCGUUCGUCAUCGGCGACCAUCCUGAGUUCCGAUUCCGAAUCGAGCCUGGCUCCGGAUCAAAAGACGCGUAUUAUGCUGAAAAUGCCGGGCAAUGUGACGGAACGGUUGUUCUUCCGUAGCUCUCGAACAUUGCAGCACGCAAUGGAGAAGCUGCUGCAAAGGUACAGGCGACACUUUUCCGAUCGUGCCACCGACACCACGGAUGUGCGAUUCUUUUGCCAGGCCAUUAAGGCCGACUUGGCGUCGCUGGAUCCGCAGCAGACGCUGCUCGAGCUCAAGAUUCAUCCGAACGCUGUGAUUCACGUGACAACGGAUGAUUAAGGAGCGGCGGAAACUACCCCAAUAAUAUUGUAAAUGCUUCAGUGUUUUGUGUUUAGAGCAACCCCGAGAUCCGAGAUUAAGCAGUUGAUGUAUCUAUUAUCCCCGAAGGAAAAUGAAUCGUUUUUAAGAGAAUGUGGCGGGGACUUUUGGGUUUCGAUCAAGCUAAAAUGCUAUCCGAAAGCGCGUACACAGAAUGAUAUUUUCAGAAAGUAAGUUUUAAAAUGAGAAACUAGGGAAUGUUCAUUUCCUCGAUUGUUCUGUAGUCUAAUCAGCCGAAUUCCAAUAUUAUCGAUAUAAUUCAUGUGACACUCUGUUAUUUUAACCGGUCUAAAAGGCAUUAUAAUCUGCCCCUAAAUGCGUAAUAGUCCCAAAUAGAUCAUUUUCGAUAGUCAUUUUCAAUUACUUUUUAGAGAGUCCAGAAAAUCGUCUUUAAAUAAUCUUUUUUCCAAUAUUUUAAACAAAAAAGUUACGUUCUUAACUGAAA